AUGGACUACCCACGCCCACCCCAACGCGAGUCCUGGUUCGCACCUCUAUCGGUCGAUCUGAUCGUAAAGGUAUUCAAGAUUACAUUCUUUCACCCAUUCGUCGCAUGGAUCAUUCCCCUCUGCUUCCGCGCGCAAGCGCUGCGUUGGGAAGCACCACAAAUGCUGGUUUCCAUUGCUUGGGCUUCCGUCAUUACCCUCUGCUGGAUGGCCAAUAUCAUCAACCAGCGCGUCGCAUAUGGUCUGCCAAGGGAGGUCGACCUCGGCGAGGAGGUCAUUGUUAUCACGGGCGGCGCCAGCGGUCUGGGUCUGCUGAUUGCUGAAGUCUACGGCAUGCGCGGCGCCACGGUUGCCGUUCUCGAUGUCAACGAGAUGGAGAACGGCGAGGCGAGAGGUGUGACUUUCUACAAGUGCGACGUGACGAACAAGGCCGAGGUCGCUAGAGUGGCUGGAGAGAUUGAGAGAGAUCUCGGUACACCCACUGUCCUGAUUAACAACGCUGCCAUCGUAAAGGGCAAGCCCCUCCUCGACCUUGAGAUCGAAGAAAUUGAGAAGUCUCUUGCCACCAAUCUCACCGCACACUUCAUCACCCUGAAGAACUUCCUUCCGCCAAUGAUCCGUGGCGGCCAGGGCGGUACUAUCGUUACAAUGUCCUCCGUCCUCGGUCACCUCGGUGCCGCCUCCCUGACCGACUACGCUGCCGCCAAGGCCGGUGUGACUGCUCUGCACAAGUCCAUCACCGCCGAGCUGCGCGCUUCGCACCCCGAGAUCCGCACCAUCCUCGUCGAGCCUGGACAGCUCUCCACCCCGCUUUUCUACGGCGUGCAGACCCCUCACGCUUUCCUUGCGCCCGUUGUCGAGCCCGUGGAUGUUUGCAAAGAGGUUGUGGCUGCUAUCGACGCCGGACGUAGCGCGCAUGUUGCGAUGCCGUUGUACGCGCGCUGGAUUCACUGGUACAACGUCCUCCCCGUGUCUGUACAGCAGGUCGCAAGGAGGCUGGCGGGCGUGGACACCUCCAUGAAGACGUUCAUCGGAAGGCAGGAGCGUGGAAGAAGCGAGAAGAACGGAAACUUGAUCUAG